GUAACACCAAUGGAAACUGUUAAAGUAAAAUUUAUUAAUGACCAAAAUAGUACGAAUCCAAAAUUUCGUGGUUUUUUUCAUGGUGUACGAGAAAUUGUUCGUCAUGAAGGUAUUCGUGGUACAUAUCAAGGUUUAACGGCAACAAUUAUGAAACAAGGAUCAAAUCAAGCAAUCCGGUUUUUUGUUAUGGAAACAUUAAAAGAUUGGUAUCGUGGUGGUGAUCCAAAUAAAAAAGUAAAUAAACUUGUUACCGGUUUAUUUGGUGCAUUUGCUGGUGCUGCAUCCGUAUUUGGUAAUACACCAAUCGAUGUUGUUAAAACACGAAUGCAAGGACUUGAAGCAAAAAAAUAUAAAGGAACUGUUGAUUGUUUUAUAAAAAUUGCUAAAAAUGAAGGUUUUUUUGCAUUCUAUAAAGGAACAGUACCACGUUUAGGACGUGUUUGUUUAGAUGUUGCAAUUACAUUUAUGAUUUAUGAUAGUUUUAUGGAAUUGUUUAAUACAAUUUGGAAGACACCUUAA